ACAGCAUGGUUUGCCUGCCCGUGACGCAGCCGGUUGCUAGGUGUGAAUGAACUGAUGCUCUCGCUCAAUAAAUCGUCUCUCAGUCAUCAAGUUCAUCACAACAAAGAAGCAACAAGACUUCACUUCUGUCCCGGAUUUUCCGAGAGAGAAUGGCUUGUUGAAUUUGAGAAGAACUCGGACCCCCGAAAGAAGCCGUGCUUUGCUCUUGCAACGCACCCCAAACUCACAACUUUCAGCAAGAAUGGAGUAAGUGAAACUUGUUACAUUGUAUAUUUUCUGAAGCGUUCGAAACUUUGUUGCUAGCCCACUCACUUGAACUGUUGUGCAUAUUACAUUGUAUCAGUUUGAGAUACAUUUAACUCAAUAAUGUAAUCUACGUGUGGUAUUUUUAAUUGAACGUUUUUAGUGCUUAUAAUACCUACAGCGUUGUGGUGACUGCUGGAAACUUUGUCAACAACUACAACAAUAAACAACAUCAACAACAGUAAUCACACCACAACAAUACAAAUAGACAGCCCAUAAAUGAUUAUUACAAUGGCAGCAAAAUGAUAAUUAUAAUAGUUUGUUAUUAUGUUAUUGCUGUUAAUAGUUUUAAACACACUAUUUUUGUGAUACAUGUACAGUAUGGCCAUUACUGUAAACUGUAUUGGCGCAGUAUAUUUUAGUCUGUCUUGGCGAAAGGUGUUGUCAGAUGGGAAUAGGUUUCCAUUAAUUAAGCUGUUGUUAUAGUUAUACAUCCUUUAGGCUAAGGUUCUUCUCUAUUAUUAAUGAUGGUCUUAAAUGGUGCAUGUGUAGGCUGAUUGUUUAGAGGCCAAUUAGAUAGUUAACCAUAUUGAUGAAGUAACGGUGUUCCAGAUGAGUCUGGGUUAUUCUAGAACAUAAACAGGUAUGCAUUAUGUCAUUGGCUUAAGCCCACGUGUCUUGAAUGCACCAAGUGCAUCAACAUAACCUUUGUGGUGUGGUUGGCGUGACAGCACACCUUCUGACUCUCAGUUCCUGUGAAGUUAUUCUGACUUUGAGAGAUCUUUUAUUUCUGACUAUUAAACCGUUUUUUUUUUUUUUGUACUGUUUGUCAGUGCACAGAAUGUGCUAAUAUUGCUGUCUGUAUUGUGGGUUUGGCUUGGGUUGUUAUUGCACCAUUAUGAUCUGAAUCUUUAAGAUUUUGUAAGGUCAGAGAGGUACGUUCAAAAAGCCAAGAACCUUAGUUGGGAGUGGGACCUUGAGGUCAUGUGUUACCUGUACUAAUAACAAUAUGAUAACAUGUAAAAAAAAAAAAAGUAAAAAAAUGGUAAUAGUGCAAAAUUAGGUUAUAUUUCUAUUUAUUGUGAUGACCUGCUAUUCAAAAGCACAAUUUUAAAACGUAAUAUUGUAAGUGUUGGGCUUGCAAACCUGUUGAGGUGUUUCCCUAUCUAACCACCUAGAGACUGAAUGGGGUCAAUCCCAUAUGUUUUCUUCUUGUUCCUUUGUUAAGUGGGACAUCUAUUCUUUUUGUAUGAUAUGAGUGACCCAUACUGUUUUAAGAAAUGUCUCAGCCACUGUUUUUGUGUUGAUGAUCAGCAACCCAAAGUGUCAGUGUAUACAGUUUUUAACGACUCGCUUUAACACCUCCCUACUAAUUCUUUACCUCCUAUAGGUGUCAUUAUGCUCACCCAGCCCUGCUCACUGUGGCUCAACUCUCAGACCCCACCAACUCAUAUCGUACGAUCGGACUAAUCGGAUUGAAUCAAAAGCACAAUAGACAAAAUGAUGGCAACGUCAGCAGCUCCUCUCUGGAAGACACUUCGCGUCUGCCCGGCAGACCCCCUCGCUCUCUCUCACCCACAGGCUAACCUCAGCCAAUCACAGGGGUGCAGGGGGGAGGUGCCAGAGGAGAGCCAGCACUUAAUUGGUGAGUUGCAGAGUACGCUUUUUUAUUUUUCCACAUUUCAGGUGGGCACCGCACUGCAGCACAUUCGUUCUCCUUCGAACAGUGAGUAAUAAAGUAGCUAACGUCUCAAGUUUUUUCCUGCUGAAAUUAAGCUACGAUUUAAGUUGUUUUCAUUCACUUUAAUGUUCAGGCUUUAAAAUACAAACACGUUAUUUGUUUUUCCAUUAUCAAUAUAUACAAUUUCAUUACCAUUGCUAUGUAGUUGUAAUUAAUUACAAUCAAUUAACGAUGAUGUUUCUUGCAUUUAUGACAAUUUUGUAUUUUUCUUCUCUCAAUAGGUGAUGGUAUCACGGACUGGAUGACGGAAGAAGUGGAUUUCUCCUCGUACCUCCCAAACCCUCACCCCUCUCCCUCCCCCAAUUCCUCCCUUCCUCCCUCACCCCUCCAGCAUGACAUCCAGGUGCCCUCUGACUUGGAGGUCAUGACUUCUCUGCUGCAAGAGGAACUCGCUCAACUGGAGGACUACUUCCUGUCCGAACCGCUGCCGGAGAAAGGACCGAAACUGGGAAAAUGCGACAAGGGUCCACCGCCAGUGGGUCCCCACCAGUCAUACUACCAGUUGCCCUUUCAUGCGUCAUCAUACUCCACCUCCAACCAAUCGGAACACAGCCCUCUACUUGUUACCCUGGCAACUGGGGAACUAGACCUGCUGAGCUUUUGCGGAGGCGGGCCCAUUGGGCGAUCAAAAUUGCCUAGACACGCCCCUUACAGUUGUAGCAGUCGCCCCAAUGUGUGUAGUCGCAAAAGAGUUUCAGACGGGGUGAGGGUGGGCGAGGUCUACGAGAAUAGCAUAUGGAGUUCCAAAGGAAGUAACCCAUCGGUGACUCUAAGUGGCAGUUACAGCUGUGUAGAGGACGAGCGGGUAGUCGGGAAAGGUUACUGUCUAGGCAGUGCAGUUGAGAUUCGAAGAUGCGCCAUUUUACCCAAGGAAGAGAAAAAUUGUCAGUUCGCAGAAGAGGUCAUAGGUGUUGGAGGCAGCAAAGUUGUUGGUGUUGGCGGUGGGUAUGGUGGCUUUGGCGGGCCGUUGGAUAUCCCACACAAGAAAGAGGAGCUGUUGAUGUAUGGCAUGAGGGAGGUGAAUGUCAGUUGUGGUGGUGGAGGAUGUGCUAGUAGCAGUGAGAUAGAAUUGUUGAGUAGUAAUGUCAAAGUUGGCGUAGUCAGUGAGUUGUCUUCCAAGAUGUCCACUAUUCCUUGGAAGACGGAGACCAGUGAGGGUUGUUAUCUUCAGGCAGCAUCCCAAUCAGAGGCCUCCUACCACCACAGCUUCCUAGGGACGGUCAGCGAGCAGGUCAAGGCAGAGGGUUUAGAGAUGGGCCGUCAACAUCAUGACUUCCACUGUGGUGGGUUCUUAGAGGACCAGCAGAGCCCUGAGUGUCUGGCAAUGGAUAGGGAGGCUCUUGACAGGCAGGUGCUGUUGGGGUUGAAGGAGGACCCCUGUCCCCUCGUGAAGCCUGAGCUGAAAGAAACAAUGCCAGGGGAGGUCCACCAUCCGCCAGAGCGCAAGCAGAAGAAGAGAGACCAAAACAAGACUGCCGCUCAUAGGUAUGAUGAUUCAACCAAGCGCUUAAGGUGGUAUUCAAACUUGAGAUCUGCGCACUUGAAUUUCUACGCAAGUCUCCCAUUGACAUCAAUAAAUGAUGUUCGUGAAAGUCUGAGUUGUGUGCGCUUAUCUCAACUCUGAAUUGGCCGGUUUGUGGUUAUCCAAAGUUUGUUCUAUGACUGAUUUGUUGAAACCAUAACUAAAUAGAACAUUGCCACUGGCAUUUGACUUUUAUUCGGAUUUCACUCUGAUGAAUCCUAUCUUCUUCCCCUGCUUGACCCCACACCACCAGGUAUCGCCAACGUAAAAGGGCGGAGCUGGACUGCCUUGAGGAGCAGCUACACGGUCUGGAGGGGCAUAACCGGGAACUUCGGGACAAAGCAGAAUCAGUGGAGAGGGAGAUCCAGUAUGUUAAAGACCUACUGAUCGAAGUGUACAAGGCCCGCAGUCAGCGGCUCAAGCAACCGGACACCGACGCCUGAUGAUGAAGACAAGAUGACGAAGAAUUUCUGCAAGUAGAUGUGAAGGAAAAAUGACAGGGAAAUGUUAAAGUUUUUCAAUGUUUUGAAAUGUAAUAUUACAUUUUUGGGGCGGG